AUCCUUGACAGGACAUCAUCAGUUUCUAGAAUGUUGCAAUUGAAGAAAUUGCUGCUGGCCCCGGCUUUCUUCGUGGUGCAGCUGCCACUUCGCAUUCUUUGUAAAAUAUCCCAUUUUUGCCAUUUGCCGCAAUUUCAACGGCAAAUGAGAUUUCUGGAAUCUUUUCUGUGGCCGGUUUAAGAGCCGUCCAGAUCCCAAUUAAAUAAACAUUUUGUUCAAAGAAUAUUUUUUGCGCCGCAAUCCCGAUUAUUUAAAAUUCGUCUCACGUAUAAGCUGAACGUUCGCAUGGCAAAAAUAAAUAUAAAAAAGAAUCAAAUAAAUAAUUUGCAUGGCUGUCAAAUGUUGCGCUUUGAAAUUGAAUGCCAGUUGAAAGAUCUGCAGAGCGGGAGAUACACAACUGUCAGAACUUUGGGUUUUUCUCCCAAUACGCUGUAAUCUCGCUCUGCGGGUAAAUCACAAGCUCAUACACACACUCACGUACACACAUGCACACACAUGGCGGGCAGUUCUAAUAAAAGUGUUGAAUUGCUUGUGCGACACAGUUAGUUCAGCUGCUACGCUUGAUUAGUGCACACACUUCUUUCAAUUAUCGUUAUCGACAAUGUCCGAUAGUAAUCGCAGUUUUAUUUAUCGCAGCAUUGGCUAUGUAGCGCGCGCCUUGGCCAUUGCCAGUCUAUUCCUUAUCCUGAGCGCCAUCUACCGGGAGGACGAUGAGCCGGGCUCCUACUAUAUACAUCCCAGGCGAAAUGUGCAGUAACAAAUUAACGCCUUAAGCUUAAGCUACUCCUAACUAAAUAAAUAACUAUGUAAAUAAUUGUAAUUUAAAUAUAUAAAGAAAAUGUGUGUAAAUUAAAAUUAAGUUCCGGAUAAAAAAUGAAUUACGUUUCUUUAUGAUACAAGUUAUGCAAAAUCUUAUCUGCAUUUACAUAUAUAUCUAAUAACCCAUUACUUUAUUGAUAAUUAUCUGGGGAAUUCGCCUUAUACCAUCAAGUCAAUCGCUCAUAAAAUUGUUUUUUUUUUUUUUCUUGUAAUUUAAUGUGAAAAACAAGUUACAAUGCAGUAAACACGUUCUGUAAAGCUAUUAGAAUAUCAUAUCAGUGCGGCUCUGAAGCUUUUCAAUAUUUCCCCGACAAUUAAUUAGCUGUAAAGUGGUUUUGUUUCAUUCAAUUCGUUUGUUGCACUUGUUGCAGUUUCUCUAGAACCCGUUGCAUCUGCUCUGCUUGUUGUCGUUGUUGUUGUAGUUGUUGCUGUUGAUAGCGGUGGAGAUUUGAGCUUCGCUUCGGCUUGGGCCUUUCGGGCUGCACAUCUGCUCCGCAGUAAAAGUUUCAUAUCUGCGAAAAGAAAAAUGACUCAAUGCCAGUUAUACGAUUCAGUUAAAAAUGACAUCAGAGCCUACGAAAUUUGCGGCUUUAUAGCAAAGUAAUCGGCAUAAAAGCUUAAGCAAAUAAAUAUGGAUCUGACAGGGCUUUGACAAUUGUUUAAACAAAUUUUAAGCCUGUUUCCUGUUUAUUCUUUUCUAAAGCUGCAUCAUGAGUCGAGUGACAGUUGUUUCAACUGACUCUCUAUAAAAUGGUUUUGGCAAAGUUGCAGCUCUCCCCGGGUAGCUUAACAUUGGAAAAGAAAAAGACUUUUUAACUUAUAACAAAAACUGCCCAUCGUUAGAUGGCGCAGCUAGGCGUUGCCUUUAGCAGCUGCUUCCAGGCGUUCCCGAUAGAUGAAGCCAGUAAAUUCAUCAACAUCAAAAGAAACGGAAUGAACAUGAACUUGGCGAAUUUAUAUAUUUAUAUAAAUUGCUGCUAAGUUUUUAUUCAUUUAUAUUGUAGCUAUAUUUUGAUGUCUUUAGUUCUAAGCAGUGGCGCAAUCAGUAAGCAGUUGCUCUCUGGAACAGCAGCUCUACUACAGUCUUAUCUUGUGGAUACUUAUACAACUUGACUCGCUGAUAUCAGUUCAACUAUGCGGUAAAUUCAAAAUGGUCUUGAAGUCACAGGAUGGACGCACAAAUGCCACUACAACUCUAGCCGUAUUAAAAUCUUGUCUGUCUAUGAUUGAAAAACUUUAUUAUGUCUCCAAUAAUGUAUCUCUAUUAUAUGACUAUAUAUAUGUGUAUUUGUCUUUAUCAUAAUUGAUCUAUAAUAUGCUGUCUCAUUAUAAUGAGAAUUUUGGUACUCUAAUAACACAGUAUAAGAAAAUUUAAAAAAAUGAGAAUAUAACAUGUUGAAAAAUAUAA